AGCCACAUCAUAGCUUUCCAAAUUCCUUCAAAGUCACAGUUUCAUAAAAACUCAAACCAAAAAAAAAAAAAAGAGAGAAAAAAGAAUGGAGAAUCUAAUGGGUCUUCUGAGAAUUCAUGUGAAGAGAGGUGUGAAUCUCGCCAUUAGAGAUAUCUCUAGCAGUGAUCCUUACAUCGUUGUCCACUUUGGUAAACAGAAGCUGAAAACACGUGUGGUGAAACACAGUGUAAACCCCGAGUGGAACGACUUAUUGACACUUUCCGUGACUGAUCCGAAUCUCCCGGUUAAACUCACGGUUUACGACUAUGACGUGUUCUCCGCGGAUGACAAGAUGGGAGAAGCCGAGUUUCACAUUGGUCCAUAUAUUGAAGCUAUUAAAUUCUGCCAUCAGCUCGGACCAGGACUUCCCAGUGGUACCAUAAUAAGGAAGAUAGAGCCGAGUAGAAAAAACUGUUUGUCUGAAGAGAGCCACAUUGUGUGGAACCAAGACAAGAUUGUUCAGAAUAUGUUCCUUAGACUCCAGCACGUGGAGUGCGGAGAGGUGGAGAUACAGCUUGAGUGGGUCAAUGUCCCCGGUGCAAGGGGUAUAUAGGUCAAAAUCGUAUCAUCGAUUCAAUCCUUAGUCCCCUGUGCGUGCAUAUAUGGUUAGAAACUAGAACUACGUUGCAGUUUAAAAUUGGUCAAUGAAAGAAAUCUCAAACUGGCUUGUGUAAUAAAACUCUUUUUAUUUGUUAUUUAAUUUCUUAUUUGAUUUUUAAAAAGUGUUUGAAGUCCAUGAGGAGCAAGUGUAACAUUUGGAUAUCUCCAUAAAUUUCCCAUCUUGUUAGCGUA